AUAUUAAAGUGGGUCAAUAUCAAGGGGCGCUACUCAUACAAAUCAUUAUUUCAUUGCAAGAUGGAGCACCGGGAAAUAUCCGCCCCAAGAGCGGGGAAGUUUAACGUUUAUAUUGAGGGAGACUUGAAACACAAGCAUUUUAUAAUCCUCACAGUUCAUGACUUAGGAUGCAAUCAUGCAAUGUGGACAACUUUUCUGCAGCAUCCGUCCAUGGCGGAGAUCAACAAGAGGGCAGCUUAUAUCCACGUAGACAUUCCAGGACAGGAAGAUAAUGCCCCCGAUCUCCCACCAGACUAUAACUUCCCUAGUAUGCAGAGUUUAGGAGAAGAUCUUGUCUGUAUUUUGGACCAACUCGACAUUAAGCAGGUAGUGGGAGUCGGAGAGGGAGCAGGGGCUAACAUACUGGCCAGGUUUGCUAUGGCCCAGCCUGCACGUGUAUUAGGAGUCGUCCUGAUCCACUGCACUGGAACAACUGCUGGAAUCAUGGAGGGGCUCAAGGAUAAGCUGAUUGGUUGGAAGUUGGAGCAUCUAGGAAUGAAUCCAACCGCUGAGGCAUACCUUAUGAUGCACAGAUUCGGUUCGUUUGAAAAAGCCACGGACCAGGAGGAGCUGAAUAAGGCCAUAAAUUCAUUCCAACAUUCACUCCGAAAGAAUAUCAACCCCCAAAACCUCAAACGAUUUGUCAAGUCUUUCAUGAAGAGAACUAAUAUUGCUGAAAGCAUGGGGAAGAUGAAGUGCCCUGUGCUUCUAGUGACAGGUGCUCUUGCCUCAUUUAAUCACACUGUCCACACUCUGGCAGGCUUUAUGUUGGCUAAAAUGGAAAAAAACAAAGUGGAGAUCAUUGAAGUUGAGGGUGUGGCUAAUGUUGUUGAGGAGAAGCCUGAACGUCUAGCUGAGGCCUUUCUGUACUUCUGUCAGGGACUUGGAGUUAUUGGUGGAGUACCCAUGCCACGCGUGAGAAGUAACUCCCAGGAUAACACCGAGAUUCUGACCCGGCGAACAAGGAGCUUGUCCAUGGAGGAAGCAGACAAACCACUGGGCAUCUACUCCUCAAGCCCGGGCCGUGUAGGCAGCCCUACCAAGCUCGGCACUAGCCCAGCCAAAUAAGCCCAUUCUGCAAUCUCUUCUAGCUACUUCCCAAGCAGACAAAUCCUCGUUCCACAUUUUAAUCUUGUUAUUUUUUCUGAGGAAUAGAUAAAAAAGAAAUUUUUGUUUGUUUUUUAUGCGUGGACUAAUUGUAUAGUUUUAGGGUUGUCCGUCAUUCAGCACUUUUUGAUAACUCUGUAUUUUACUUUGAUGGAUAAAAAAAGAAUUCCAUACAAAAUGCAAUAAUAUAUUUGAUUAAAUAAAUCAGUAAUUUUGGAAUAGAAACCUUUUCCAUAAUAGAUGAUUUUCCAAACAGCAUCAUUUUUCGUGACAAAUUUCCAGAAUUACAGUUUCCAAACAUUGUUGAUCUGUGGUCACUUUAAGCUCAUUUAUUAUAAACUGAGAUUUAGUAUAUCCCUCCACUGCAAAAGAUAUCACCCUCUUUGUGUAUUUUAUUUAAUAUAGCUUCUAUUUGAAAAUAUGUCAACUAUUUAUUAUAUUCAAUCCUGCAAUCACUUUAUAUAGGAAACCAUUAAGUAUUAUUUUUUUUACCAAAGUGUAACUUUUGCUAAAUAUUAAGCAAUUUUCCUGCUAGUCACGUUUCUGCAGUUUAAGAUAUCCCAUUUGUAUUACUAAGUGCUUGAGAGUUCAGUAGAGUUACUUAGGUUGUAGAUUAUGACAGUUUAGUUUUAAGAGUAUGUUUGUGUAUUUUCUAAUUACUAUGCAGGACUUUUGUGUUGACAUACCUGUUUUAUUUUUGUACCAAGGUCUGUUAGUGUUUCUCAUAUUUUCACACCUGUUGCACCUGAAUGUGUAUGUGUAUAGUCUUAUGCAAUUCUACCUGAACAGCAAGUUUUAAAUGUUUGAGUCUGUGAAUGAGAUUUUGUAAUUGCCCCUCUUUUGCAGAUCUUCAUUGGCUGUUCAGCUUACUGCUUUAACAUUUAAAUUGGGUGAUGGUCAUUUCCCGAGAAUCAAAGACAAGACUUAAAGAUAUAUAUGUAACAUAAUAAUCAGGGUAAUUAAUCAUAAUAACUAUGGUGGGUUAUUGCUGUGAAAUGAAGAAUGAUGGAGGACUUUAUUAUUUUAAGGUUGUGGGAUUUUUUUUUGUAAUCAGAAAUCUCUUGCUUGUAGCUUUCACAAUGCAUUAUUCCUAGAAAACCUGUAAUCUUGCUGGAUUUUCUGGUCAUUUAAAUUGAACAUGCUCAGAACAAUUUUGAGGUGCAAUAAUCUAUGCUAGCCUUCUUGAGAAUAUCAUUUCCCAAAAUUUGUACCAUAUUUAUAGUGAAGCUUAGCCCAGAGUGCACUGAAAACAAAAAAUCACAAAAAAAUUAUUCUUAAUUUUUUUCUGGAUAUCAAGUAUUUUAACAUUAACUUGAUUCUGAAAAGAAGAUGUGACUUUUUUCUGAACAACUAACAAUUCUGGAUUUUCAUAUAGAGAUUUAAUAUUUACAACAUUAGAUUAGAGUGUUCUUUUUUUACUAGGUGAAAUUGGUGUAAAUGUGUUUUAAUGGCAACUACACUUAAGAGUUUUACUGACAUGUUUAGUUAUGUAGAUGUUACAAUUAAUAAAAUUAUGAAAGGAU